GAGGUGGGUGUGGGUGAGAUGGAUGGGGGAUGGAUUCUUUGUAUCCACAAAAUGCGCGAUGAGAUGAGAUGAGAUGUUCGUGAUCCAGAGUCAGAGUCAGAGUCCCAAAAUCUGCAGACCUGCACUAUUGCGAGACAAUAUCCACAGAACGUCGCUAUCCAUCUGACGACACGACACGUAAAUGAUGGCCGCCCAGGCAUGAUAAGCAAUCUACGGUUUUGGAAAUAACUUACACCGCCACCUAUCCAUCUAUCCAUCCAGCAUCUAGAGUCUAGACUCUACAGUCGGUUGCCAUCAUCUCCCCAACUGUAGAAAAAACGACGGCUUGUACAUGAACUGCGCAAUCCAGAAUCUACAUCUGCAAUCUGCAUUUCCGCAAAUAGUUAACAUGCACCUUUCCCUUCGCAAUCCCAAAUCUGCAAUCCAGACAUCUCCAUCCUGCAUGUAGUUCUGCCAUUUAACACACACACAUCACCACCGCUGGCCACAGCAAAUAUGACGAAGCCAACGGACGGGUAUGAACAUUGCCGUGUCUACAUACCGCGCGCAAAUACGACAACAUACCACGUCAUACACCUGCGCUCCUACAGUAUGCACCGUAAUGCACUACGAUGCACUGCGAUGCGCUGCACUGCACUACUGCUGUCAUAAAAUCCCCCCCCCCCCAAAAUGUCUCCAAUCCCAUCCGCAGCCAACGCAUACAGCCAAUACAGAUGCCCAACGGGGUCGAGUAACCAAUCCGGUCAUGGCGCCCAGCGCACAAACGAUUCACAAAAUCUUGUAAAACUCAUGAGAAUUGUCGAAAAUUAUGUGAACGGUGAGAAGAAGAAGUUCAUGCACUGCCAAAGCAGGAAUCCGCAUCAAGACAUUUGCGGAAGCAGGGGGAGUUGCGUCGAGUCACGAUGGGAGCAUGACGGGGUGUAUAUCAAGUAUAUCAAAAUAAUUAUCCAUAUCCUUUCUCUAAAAAUUAUCCAUAUAUCCCCCCUCUCCUUCUCCUCUGCCCAUUCCCUUGCGGCUUGCGGUCUCGGUGCUGUCGAUGCCCAGUUCUAA